CAUUCCAUCUGAAGCGGAACAGCAUUUGAAAAUUACCAUCUCCGAUUCUGCUCAAAUUUGGCAGAGCUGUUGAGACUAUCAAAACAUGAAAAAUCUCGAAUUUCAUCCAAAUCGGACCACCCCCUCCAUUUUUGUACCCUCCCAAAAAAUCGACUUUUUGGCGAUUUUUGAGCGAAACCUCUAUCUUCAAACGACGAUAACUCAGGAACCACACAUCUUAGAGGGUCGGUCUUAGACUCAAUUUUGAAGGAAAUCGGACGUAGAAUCCAUUUCCGUGACCAAAUUUAGAUUAAAAUAUUUUUUCUGUCUGUAUUGCGCAACUGAAAACUUUAAAUGGCCGUAUCUCAAAACAGCCCUAUUUAUUUUUUAAAAUUUGACCUCACCAUCGUAUUCCCCGUCCAAUUUUACAUAAGAAUCACUUAUCGGCAGAAAGGAAUAUGUUUCGUUCCAGAGAUAUCGAAUUUUAAAGUUUUGAGUAUUUGAGAUUACCUAAAUUAGCUACACUCGCCGCAUAUGCUAGAAGCACUCAGUCGUGCUGAUCAAUAAAUACCUGGUGUUCUGUAAGAUGAAUUAUUUUUAUAAUUUUAUACGAUUUUGAGAUAAUCAAUACCUUGAACAAUCUAUUGGGUAAUUUUGAAUGCACUGUUUUUUCUGAUCACAGUGUCAUUGAACCAUAUUAAGUAAAAUUUGAACUUUUAAUAUUUAUUUGCAAAACAAAAAUCAUUUUUCUAUUGUUUUUAUUUUUUAUAAUUCUUCAUUCCUUCCCACUUAAUUUAAUUAUUUCUUUUAUUUGAAGCGAGAACAAAUGUAGAGCUGGCUGUAGUAGAUGAAAUAAUUCUCAUGGGUUCUAGAACUUUUGCCAUGUGCGGUAGCGACAUAGUGCCAUUCAGCAAAAACCCCAAAAUCUGAUUUGAAAGAUUGAUCAUAUUAAAGCGAUUUUUAUAUUGUGAGCCAGUUUCAUCUGAAUAACUGAUGUUUUUUUUUCAAUUCUGGUACAUUCAAUUUCAAAAACAAAACCAUAUACUUCUGAUACAUGUGGACAGCACCUGUAUCGUCUUCCAAGAUUUCGAAAUGGUUGACAAACAAAAAAAGAUUAUGGUUCGGACGGUGUCGAAAUCAACACAACUGAAGUUGAUCUUAAUCAGAUAAUAAAUCAGAUUAAUCUUUGUGAUUUUCUUACACGGAAAAUAAAAUCAUGAUUGAGAUUAUAUGCGAAAUGCAUAUAAACGAACUUUAAAUUUGCUUUAUAAAAUCUAUAGCACAGCUUGAUGAACCUCAUUUGGCAACAUAAAUAUGUUUAUUAAACAAAAUCUCAAUAUAUUUUAUAUGCGUGUUGCCUAUAACCAUGCUUGCUUUAUGCUUGAUAAACAUCGUUAUGCUCGCCAAUACACUUUGUGAGCAUUGCAUAUAAACUGUAUGUGCGAGAUAUCAUAGAUUUUUGCAGUAUGCUUUUACACAUAAAACUUAUAUGCAAUGUUCACAACAAUUAUGUACGCGUGCUCGAAUGUGUGCAUAAAUGCUUUUAGUCAAACAAGAUGGCGAAAAUUGGCAAACAGAAUAAUUUGCUGCAGUUCCGAAAUUUUAUUAAAAAUCAAGCGAGUUAAAAAACUGGUUGCCUAGUGAAUGGUUCGGCGUCCGUUUGGUCCGACGGCAUCAUUUCGGUAACCCGGAAACCAGAAUGUUCUCCAGAAUGUGGUCUUGUCGCGGCAGUUGGAAUGCGGUUCGGUGGAUCCGGGGGAGGUGGAUAGUACGGAGGUUAUCGGGACAGCAGGUGCGAAAAUAUACGGAGCGAGUGAGGAUUGGGGAGAUAACAAAGGUCAUCGACGUUCUCCCUUACGGACCACUCGCACGCUUCCAGCUUGUCCUCAACGCUCGGUGUGUCAUAGCCUGCGCCAAAACCGGCGUCCAACGAUCUACUAUCGGACCUGAGUGGACUUUCGCUGGGCAGUACCAAUGCUGGCGAAAAGUUGAGCCGGGAACUUUGUCAGUUGCGAUCGGAAACGUCCAGGAUUCGUUCCGGAGAGGAGUGUGACGCAAUUCGGAGGGGUUUGGAUGGUCUGAUAAAGUGUUGCCGGGACCGAGAACCUCGGAGCAGGUGUUUUAACUUCUUCGCACUCAUUCAAAACAACGAACGACACAACCUCCUCCCGGAACUCCUCACCGGAGAUUGGCGCUACGUCGUAACCCACAAGACCCUUCCUCGAGGAGUUGGAAAAGUGUCCAUGGCGGAGGUUUGCAUGUUUGGGCGGUUGCUGUUUGACGACUGCGAUUUAAGUUUGAUGGAUUUGACAAGCGGACCAGGUGGAGGACGCGAUUCGGCGGCCUAAUUCAACGAGAUCACCCCGGCUCUGCCAAAAAAGGUUCCCGUCAUCGGCCGUAAUUGCUUGUAAAAGAUUGUGUAAAAGUAUAUUAUUCAAAAUGCAAUUAAAAAACACUUUAAACUCGUUUAAAUAAAAAAAAAACAGCAUCAUAAAAAUAUUGUACUUAAUAAAAAUUGAAAGAAAAUUAAAAUAGAAAAAUAUC